AGAGUUGUCCAAUGUUCAAUAAUAAUAAAAACAUUGGGCUUCGGCCCUCCUUGUAACCAAAAAAUAAUAAUAAAAACAGAACUAGUGUGUUGAGAGAGAGAGAGAGAGAGAGAGAGAGAAAGUGAAAGAAGCGGCAGGGGAGGAUGAGGCGGAGUCGGAGCCGAAGAUGUUCGAUUAUCGCUAGUUUCUGCCCAUCCAUCACUCACUGCCCUCCAAACUCCCAUUCAUAAAACCAAACUUCACACCCCACACACUCACACACCAACCCAGGAAGAAGAAAAAGAACAGAGAAGAAGAAGAAGAAGAAAUUACCAGAAAACCAGCCACAAUCAACAAUGGGGAAGGGCCCCUUCUCUUUCAAGCGAAGCAGUAGCAGCAAACGCCGCCCCAAGAAGUUCAUUGGCCCCCCACCUUCCCCUUUCCCCUCGCCGCCGCAGCCGAUGAGAUCUCCGCCAACAAACAAUAACAAUGCCAAUUAUAAUAAUAAUCUGGGUGUGGUGGCGGGUGGUGCUGCUGCUGUGAAGGGGAAGAAGAAGGCCGGAGGAGCCAGGCUCUGGAUGCGAUUUGACAGCUUCGGUGGAUCAGAGCUCGUCGAGUGCGACAAGAACGCUAUCAUUCGGCGCGCUGCCAUUCCCGCCCGAGACCUGAGGAUUCUUGGCCCUGUCUUCUCCCAUUCCUCCAGCAUCCUUGCUAGGGAGAAGGCCAUGGUGGUUAAUUUAGAGUUUAUAAAGGCUAUAGUUACAGCUGAAGAGGUUCUGUUGCUUGAUCCUCUUAGGCAGGAGGUUCUUCCAUUUGCAGAUCAGCUAAGGCAACAGCUUCCUCAGAAAAGCCAAUCCAGGAUUGAAGAAGCAAGUCCACUUGAUGAACAAGAUAAUGGAAUGGAUGUUUCAACAGGAAGGCAAUGGUUACCUGUUCCAGAGGCCACUGAAGGUUUGCAGUGUGAUCUCCCAUUUGAGUUUCAGGUUCUGGAGAUUGCAUUAGAGGUUGUCUGUACAUUCUUGGAUUCAAGUGUGGCAGACCUUGAGAGAGAAGCUUACCCUGUGUUGGAUGAACUUGCCAGAAAUGUUAGCACCAAGAACCUUGAACUUGUGCGGAGUUUGAAAAGCAAUCUUACCCGUUUGCUUGCACGUGUACAGAAGGUGAGGGAUGAAAUUGAGCAUUUGUUGGAUGACAAUGAAGAUAUGGCGCAAUUAUAUUUGACAAGGAAAUGGAUUCAGAAUCAACAAUCUGAGUCUUUUUUGGGCCGUUCUGCCUCAAUUAGCAUCAGCAACACCGCACCCCAUCUUCGUCGUCUUAGUUCUAACAAAAGCGGGAGCUUGGUAACUAGCAACAAUAUGGAUUAUGAUGAUGUAGAGGAUCUAGAGAUGCUUCUUGAGGCAUAUUUUAUGCAACUAGAUGGAACCCGUAACAAGAUAUUGUCUGUACGGGAGUAUAUCGACGACACAGAGGACUAUGUCAACAUUCAACUCGACAACCAGCGAAACGAACUCAUUCAGCUCCAGUUGACGUUGACCAUUGCAUCAUUUGCUGUAGCAGUAGAAACCUUGAUAUCUGGGAUCUUUGGUAUGAACAUCCCCUGUGUAUUAUACGAAAUGAAUGGGGUAUUUGAGCCCUUUGUCGGAGGCAUUACAGCAUUUUGUGUGUUGCUCUUCUUUGUUAUCUUUGGGUAUGCCAGAUGGAAGAAGCUGCUUGGUUCAUGAGUCCACUAUGUCAUCUUGUGUAGAUAAUACUAGAUUCGCACACUUAUUCAAGAACCCUACUAACGGGAAGGGUUUGAAGUAUAUGCUGAAAUGUAGGGCCAGCAAAGAAUUGCUUGUGAUAACAUUUUAGGUGAAACAUUUUAGGGAUUUCAUGACUUAAUAUGACAAACUGCUGUAACAUCAUUCAGUUUUCUUUUGAAAUUAUAUGGCAAGUAGGUAUUUGUCGGUGUACGGUUGUAUAAUAUGGCAGACGGAUGAAUGUAUUUUCACAUGUCAUCAAUACAUAAUGCCUCUUUUAGUAA